UUUGCCUGACACUGUCCCUGCUGCUUCCUGCAGGGGUGGGGGGGGGGGGGGGCCUGGAGCUGCGACCCAAGGCCAGCAUUUGGCCCCCUCCCCACAAUGUUGACACAACCACUGACUUUAUCGCAGGGGCAAGACACCCAGCUGGCAGCCUAUCCCUUUCCACAGUGAGUCUGCGGGGAGGCCAGGCUCUGGAUAAAAAGGACAGGGAAGCAGACAGGGUCAUUCCGAUUCCCACCUGAUCCCAGGAAAGGAGCAGCAGCAGCGGUAGCGGCUGGGGAAAUCAGCACCACAUCCAGCAUUGAUCCCAGGCAUCAAUCCCAGAUGGAGGGGAAUACAGUGUCAGGAGCCCGGAGCCGGCUGUGCUGCUGCCUGCACGAUCCCAGUGCUCAGCAGCCAGGAGGGCUGAGUGCCGGCAGUGUUUGGAGACCAUGGUUAGUCACACCCAAAGAUAUUGCAAGGGAACAACAAAGACAGAUGAUAACACUGAAUGUCUCCGAGAGCGAGCGAACUCAGCAUACACUUAGCGGAGAUAAAGUCCCAGCAUUUCGACAUCCGGUCAAACUUCUGUGGCCAAAAUCUAAACAGUUUGAUUAUUUAUACGAAGAUGCAGCUCAUCUCUUGGCGAAUUUCCCGGUGCAGGCAACAAUCUCAUUUUAUCAGGAGAGUGAUAGCGAAUCAGAGAAUGAAGAUGAGAGUUAAUCUGA